AUGUGUUUUCAUUUUGCCCAAGACCAUUGUCCAGAGCAGAGCCUACAAGAUUCUUUCCAAAUUGUGAUACUGAGAAGAUAUGAAAAAUGUGAAUAUGGCAAUUUAGAGUUUAAAAAAGCCAGUGAAAGUGCGGAUGAGUGUAAGAUGCACAAAAGAGGUUAUAAUGGACUUAACCAAUGUUUAAUAACUACCCAGAGAAAAAUAUUUCAAUGUGAUAAAUAUGGGAAAGUCUUUCACCAAUUUUCAAAUUCAAACAGACAUAAGAAAAUUCAUCCUAGUGAGAAACCCAACAAAUGUGAAGAAUGUGGCAAAGCCUUUAAGUACUCCUCUACUCUCACUGCACAUAAGAGAAUUUAUACUGGAGAGAAGCCAUACAAGUGUGAUAAAUGUGGCAAAUCUUUUAUUGCAUCCUCAACCCUUAGUAAACAUGAGAUCAUUCAUACAGGAAAGAAACCCUACAAAUGUGAAGAAUGUGGCAAAGCCUUCAACUGAUCCUCAAUUUUUACUACACAUAAGAAAAUUCAUACUGGAGACAAACCCUACAAAUGUGAAGAAUGUGGCAAAGGUUUUCACCUAUCCUCACACCUUACUACACAUAAGAUACUAUAUACUGAAGAGAAACCCUAUAGAUGUAGAGAAUGUGGCAAAGCUUUUAACCAUUCCACAACCCUUUUUUCACAUAAGAAAAUUUGUUCUGGAGAGAAACCAUACAAGUGUGAUAAAUGUGGCAAAAUCUUUAUUUCAUCCUCAAACCUUAGUAGACAUAAAAUAAUUCAUACUGGAGAGAAACCCUACGAAUGUGAAGAAUGUGGCAAAGCCUUCAACCGGUCCUCACACCUUAGUAGACAUAAGAUAAUUCACACUGGAGAGAAACUCUACAAGUGUGAAGAAUGUGGUAAAACCUUUACCUGGUCCUUAAGCCUUAGUAAGCAUAAGAAAACUCAUAUUGGAGAGAAACCCUACAAAUGUGAAGAACGUGGCAAACCUUUUAACCGGUCCUCAGACCUUAAUAAACAUAAGAGAAUUCAUACUGGACAGAAAAUCUAUAGUGAAGAAUGUGGCAAAGCUUUUAGAUGUUUCUCAUACCUUAAUAAGCAUAAGAUAAUUCAUACUGGAGAGAAACCCUAUGAAUGUGAUGAAUGUGGGAAAGCCUUUGACCACCCCUCUGCUCUUACUAAAUACGAGAAUUUAUAUGGAACAUAA